GCCGCCACUAACGCUAUACGCUCUUUUGCAACACUAAACUGUCACUUUGACAGCUGCUUUAAGGUUAUACGAUUGCUGUUGUGAAGUCUUUGGAUUUGCAUCAAUUUGCUGACGGUUUGCCCAUUACAUAACAUAACAAAAAAUGUCUCAGGCUCCAGUUCGUGUGUCUCCGCUGAUUAAGCUUGGACGUUGGUCCUUGCUGCUUGUUGGCAUUGCCUAUGGCGCUGCCCACCAGAGCCGUCUGUCCAAAAAGGAAGAGAAGGUACGCGAAAUUGAACUGCAACAGAAGGUCGUGCGUGAUGCCAAGCUUGCGGAAGAGAAGAAGCGCGCAUCUGAGGCUGAGGCUAGAGCACUGGCUGAGCUGUCCAAGCCUAGAGCCUAAACUCUAGUAUAUGCUUCGUUUGUUUAAGUUCAACAAUUGUUCGUAAUAACAUCAUCUGCAAGGCAACACAACAACAACAACAAAUCAAUUCCCUAAGGCGCUACCGAUUGCAAUCGAUAGGCCUAUCGAUCGUGCUUAUCGCUGAAAGUUUGUGAAACCAAAUUUAAGCAAAUUAAAAUGAUUUGAAAAAACACUGUAAAAA